CCGACCGCCUCGGCUGGGAGGAUACAACCAUUCCGUCUAAGGUUGCCGUUGCCAACGAUGCAAUUCCUCGUUUUACGGAUCAACCCUGGUCACAGGCACCCUCCGAGUGCCGCGAACACCUCGAAUAGGCUCUACCAUCCUCGUCACCCCUGAUAUUUGCAAUAAGCUUCAGUUGACAGCACCUGAAGGACCUAAGGUACCCGGUGACAACCGGAGUCAGGGCUUUAUGUUUACCGAACGGAGGCUGGAAAGGAAGCUGGAGCCAUGGGUUCCUCCAUCAGCCUUCGAUGAACUGAACUAAGCUGGACCCACACGACACAGCCAAUCAGUCCCUGCCUGCAGUGGGGGCUCCCCUCUCCCCAUCGCACUCACCAGCUAUGGCAGGCUUCAAGCGGGGCUAUGAUGGCAAGAUUGCUGGUCUGUAUGAUCUUGACAAGACACUGGGCCGUGGUCACUUUGCCGUUGUCAAGUUGGCACGCCAUGUCUUCACUGGAGAGAAAGUGGCAGUAAAGGUGAUCGACAAGACUAAGCUGGACACUGUGGCCACAGGUCACCUCUUCCAGGAAGUCCGCUGCAUGAAGCUGGUCCAACAUCCUAACAUUGUGCGCCUGUAUGAAGUGAUAGACACUCAGACCAAACUUUACCUCAUCUUGGAGCUAGGUGAUGGAGGGGAUAUGUUUGACUACAUCAUGAAACAUGAGGAGGGUCUGAAUGAAGAGCUGGCUAAGAAGUAUUUUGCCCAGAUUGUCCAUGCUAUCUCCUAUUGUCAUCGGCUGCAUGUGGUGCACAGGGACCUUAAGCCAGAGAAUGUGGUGUUCUUCGAGAAACAAGGGCUGGUCAAGCUCACUGACUUUGGAUUCAGUAACAAGUUUCAGCCGGGAAAAAAGCUGACAACCAGUUGUGGAUCUCUGGCAUACUCUGCACCAGAAAUACUGUUGGGUGAUGAGUAUGAUGCUCCAGCUGUAGAUAUCUGGAGUCUGGGUGUGAUCCUGUUCAUGUUGGUAUGUGGCCAGCCACCCUUCCAGGAAGCUAAUGACAGUGAGACCCUCACCAUGAUCAUGGACUGUAAAUACACUGUACCGGCCCAUGUUUCUAGUGCCUGCAAAGAUCUGAUAGACCGUAUGCUUCAGAGGGACCCCAAGCGGCGAGCAUCCCUGGAAGAAAUCGAGACCCACACCUGGCUGCAGGGGGUUGAUCCAUCCCCAGCCACCAAAUACAACACUCCCCUGGUCUCCCACAAGAACCUGUCAGAGGAGGAACACAACAGCAUCAUCCAGCGCAUGGUGCUUGGAGACAUCGCCGACCGAGAAGCCAUAGUUGAAGCCCUCGAGACCAACAAAUACAACCACAUCACAGCCACAUACUACCUGCUAGCAGAGAGGAUCCUGAGGGAGAAGCAGGAGAAGGAGGUCCAGACCCGCUCAUCUAGCCCCAGCAACAUCAAGGCACACUUCAGGCAGUCCUGGCCCACCAGAGUGGAUAUGCACCAGGACAUAGAGGACAGCUUGGCAGCAUCCUCCAUCUCCCAUGCUGGAGGCCCCCAGUCUCCGGCUCGCAGCGCUGAGAACCUGCUCAAUGGACAUCGCUCUAAAGGCAUGAUGGAGCUGGGCAGACGAGAGGAAACACUGAUGGAAUCUCCAGGACUUCCAGCACAGGGAGCCUGUGCUGCCACCUCAGGCCCUGCUCUUGGCUCUGGUUCUGGGACCAUCAGGGCCCCCAGUCCCUCCACCUCAGCAGCAGCCAAGCAGCGAACUUGCCUUUUCAGGGUCGAGGAGGAUGAGGAGGAGGAGGAAGAGCAGGAGCCGUCUCCCCUCCCAACCCAGGUGAUCCUGCGUCGUAAACCUCCCUCCAUCACCAACCGCCUCACCUCCAGGAAGAGUGCCCCGGUGCUCAACCAGAUCUUCGAGGAGGAAGGGGAGUCUGACGACGACUUCGACAUGGACGAGGGUCUGCCACCCAAACUCAGCCGUCUCAAGAUGAACAUGGCCGGGAACGCCACCAGUCUGAGCUCUGGGGCCAGCUCCUCCUCGUCCCCAGGGUCCACACAGAAGCGCUACCACCGACGUAAGAGCCAGGGGAGGGGGUCGUCGUGUUCCAGCUCCGAGACCAGCGACGACGACUCAGAGAGCCACCGGAGACGUCUGGAUAAGGACUCGGGCUUUGGUUACGGCUGGAACAGAAGGGACAGCAGUGAAGGGCCACCCGGCAGUUCGGGGGGUAAUGGGGGGGGGAGCAGCUCGGGGCAGGGAAAGCCUCCCGGAGAGGGAGGGGGCAACUCUGGUCCAGACCGGGGGAGUCCACCUGGAGGGGGUGGGAAUGGAGGUGGAGGGGGUGGCGGUGGUGGAGGAGGGAGUGGCGGAGGAGGAGGGGGUAAUAAAGGACAAGACAGCCCCUCCAGUUGUUGUAACAACAGUAGCACUACUAACCCCUCCUUCAACUCUCUGUCCCGCUCCUCCCGCACAGUGAGCCGCAGCACUGAGCUGGUGGAGAGUCUGAAGCUGAUGAGUCUGUGCCUCAGCUCCCAGCUGCAGCACCACCGCGCAGGGCGGGGGGGUCGAGGUGGGGGGGCUGGAGGAGGUGAUGGGGGGAAGUUAAUCAUAGACCCUCGGAGUCUCUCAGGAGGGAGUGUGAAAAUCCAGGAGAAAUCAGCCUGGAGGAUGUGCAUCGGCUCCACCGGGAGCCUGGACACCAUCACCCUGCCCACCGCAACUGCCCUGCCUCGCACCCACUCCGCCCACCACCACCACCACCACCACCGCAAAACAGCGUUGCACGACCCCCCCGGCCUGCAGGUGGGGCCGGGUGACCGGAACGCUCACAGCAAUCUGAGCGCUUUGAAAAACGGCAUGCUUCAACUACCUCUGUGUGAGAAGACCAUCUCUGUUAACAUCCAGCGCAGCGGAGGCUCCAGGGAUGGCCUGCUCUGUACCUCAGCUCCAGCCAGCUGCUGCCAGGUCAUCUGAAGCUCUGACCCUCAGCUGAAAACCAUCCUGCUCACUCCUUCAUCUCUCUCGCAGCCCUUCCUCUUUUCUGACCUCUUCAUCUCCUUCAGAUCAUUUAUUGAACACACUACUCCACCUUUGGACGUUGUUGUCUUGUGUUUAGCUGUAGCAGAUAGCUGACCUCACCUCACAUCACCUCAACAUCAACACACCUGCCUUCUGCUGUUGUCUUAAAGUCUUGUUUUGUCUCUGAGCUCUGCAUUGCUCCACUUCUCCUCACUGUCACUUUGUUUUAUUUGACCUGUGCUGAUACUUUAACCAUUUAUUGGUGUUUUUUCAAUUUUUUUCAUUUUAUCCUUCUUUUUAUUCCCUCAACUGCUCUUCAGAUUAGUGGAACUAAUUUUUUUUUUUAUUCUUAAUAAGAACAUGCUGGUUUUAGAGCAUCUUACACUGUGGAAGGUUUGAUUUGAUGGUAGCUAGAGUCAGGAUCGGAGACACAGUGGUAGAAGUCCAGCACUGGGGCCAGUGGGAAGGGAAAAAAACAGAGUCAAAAUGAGAAUUAAGUUGUAGUUUUUCCCCCAAAAAACAUAAUAUUGCGAGAAAAGUUCUAUUUUUUGCAGGAAAGGUCGGAACUAUUUUGAGAUGAAGUCAUAAAUUUACAAGAAAAAGAAAUAAUAUUAUGACAUAAAACUGUAUUUUUACAAAAAUAUUUGUAAUAUUUCAAGAUGAGGUCAUAAAUGUACAAUCAAAGUCAUAUUUUGAAAAUCGACAUUUUGGGAAAAAAGUGAUGCUAUUUUGAGAUUAGAGUUAUUACUUUAGACAAAGUCAUUUCAAGAGUAAAGAUUUCCAGGUGACACUUUUCUUCUGAAAUUACAAUUUAUUCUCAUCAUCCACUCUGCUGCUGUCUGCCCUCCCUCUCCCUGCUCCUUUACACUCCUGUGAGUCACCCAUGGCGACGUCUUCCAGCAGCUAAUAUUCGAUUGAAGCGUCAGUGUGAGAGGAGCAGUAGAUCAGAGGCGCGUUCACGUAUUGAUUGACAGCUGUGAGCUCCCAGCCCUGACUUUGGCCUUCUCUGAUUGGUUAGAAGACUUUAGCGGGAAUAUCUCUGCUGUUACUGCUGCCAGGAUGUUCAAUGAGCCUGGGUCACAGAAGCCUUUGACAGCAGCUCUUCCCAUUAAGGCUUGUUUUGGAGCAUAUUUCAAUAACACAAUAUUAGAAAACUGUUACACACUGUAGCUUUAAUAAAAUCACUCUUAAGAUUAUAACUUUUUUCUUGAAAUAUCCUGAGACAUAUUUGUAAAACUACGGCUUUCUUGUAAUAGGAUUUUCUCCCCAAAUUAUAACAUUAUUCUUAAAUUAAUAUGGCUUUUUCUUAAAGAAUUACACCUUAGUUUUGUAAUUCUUCUUAAUUCUUUAAUUAUGACUUCAUUCUUGUAGUAUUGACUUAUUAUUAACUUAAUUCUCAUCAGAUUACUUCUUUCUCAAAAACUCAAAUUUUUUUUUUCCAUCUUACCAAUGAUCCUAAUAUUCUGCUGUACUUAGCAGUAGGUGGUCGUAGUGCACAGUAGUUUAAAAAACAAGCACUUGAAACGAACUGUUAGAGUAGUUCCAGUGCCGUACAGAAGCAGGCAGCUGAGAGGAGGAGGAAAGCCCAGAUCUCCAAGUUAACAGACCACACUAGCACUCCUGUGAACAACAUACUUCCCUCCCUCCUUCUCCUCUAACCCCUGGUCUCUCUGAGUGUUAGCUAGCGAGAUGCUGGAUUCAGGAUACUUUGACCACUUCUGUUGGUGAAGGGAAGAGGAAAGGUUUUAAUUUGAGUGACCUGUUACUCCUGUCUGGACUCCAUAUUGCACUCAAUCUGUUUUAUGUUGUUGUUUUUUUGUUUUUGUUUUUAAAAAAUAUAAUUUUACUAGUAUGAAUUUAGCUCAAUUCACUCACAUUACUUGCAACAAAUUGUUGGUCACAACCCUUUAAAUUUGGACAGGUGUCUCUUUAGGGAGGCAACACAGUUGAGCUUUUAAAUUGGAAAGCAAAAGAAAAACUGGUGAUGUAUUGAAUUGUGUGCACUCUUCUGUUGCAGCAAACGGGUGAUUCUGUUGACUGUAGCAUCAAUGCUCAUCUCCACCAAGUUUGGAAAUGUUACUGCUGUCCAUAUAUUUAAAAAUGAGGUAUUAUUUUUUUAUUCAUGACAUUGCGUUGCUGUAGUUGCUGUUAUAGAAUAUUUGUUGUCUGACUCUGGAAACACAAACACACUACGAAUACCCAAGUAGUUUGUUCUAAUUUGACCUCUGCUAGCUUCUUUUAGUCCCACCUGCACUCACAUGUCACCCAAAACUCAAUGCACAUGUGGGUGCAGUGUGUUGACUCAUAUGUUGAGUAUGUAUAUACAGUAUGUUUAAAAGUAAAGUUUAUUUUUUAAAACGUGUACAUUAUUUGAGCGAUCUGCUGUUUUAGAAUGUUGACGGGGGCAUGUGUGAAGUCUCAUUGGUUAAAAGUAUGGGCACCAGGUAAAUCAGUAGGAGCUCACCUGUGCAGGAGAAAACGCUCAUGACUUGCAGCCGUAACGGAGCUGGCCAAGAGAUGAACAAAUGCAAGAGAGGAAAGGGGAAAUGGGGAGAUUCUUUAAGGGCAUUGGCAAUAAGCUAUACUGUGUGUUGCAGCUAUCUGUACAGAAACAUUCUUCAUUAGUUUCAUUUUUUUAAAUCCAAACUUGUGCAGCCUUACAAUGGCCACAUUGGACUGAAAAGAAAAAAAAAAGGAAAGCUGUGUUUUAAAUAUUUUUUUUUCACUCUAUGGUUCUUGUCCGAGUUUCCUUUUUGAAAACCAAAUGUAAAUAGAGUUGUAAAUAUGGUGCUCUUUCUCUCUAUCUAGAACAGCGGAGUGAACCUUUUGGUGCAUAGCUGUACAGUAAUCUAGCCUUAUGAUAAUUAGUAAUACUGUAUGGAUGUCUCAGCUAAAAAUAAAGCCGUGUGAGAAAAAAGACACGAUUCUAUUCAUAGUCAGGUCUCUUUGACUGUUGUCUUACUCAGCUGUGUCCAGGUGAAUGACGUGCAUGUGUUUCAAUGUUUUACAUUCAAUGACACUGAGAGGAGAGAGAGUCAGCUGCAGAAAUGUUAUUGGACCAAAAAGCAACAGAAGAAGAAGAGAAAGAAAAAAAGAUGAGUUGGAACUGGCAAGAAUAUUCAGUGUAUUAAUCCGUAGUUGAUACCUGUUGUCAGAUGUUACAUAUAGCUAUGGUAAUAUCCAAAAAUAAAA